GGAAAUCAAACAGAAACAUCAAAUUCUCAGAAUUCACAUCAUUACCAACCCGAAUCCCCUCCCCUCCUCAUCAAAUUCUCCGGAUGAAUCCCUAGUGCCCUCAUUAGGCAAACAGAAGAGAGUGAAUUUGGAAAUUAAAAUUCAAUCAAAAAAGCAAGAAGCCCAGUUGGUUGGGGCUGUUUUUUCUGCGAACAGACAUGGCGGGGGGCACUUCUUCCCUCAUGGAUACUCUCUUCCAGCGCAAUCUGGACGACGUGAUCAAAGGCCUCCGCCUGCAGCUCAUCGGCGAGUCCGCCUUCAUCUCCAAGGCCCUCGACGAGAUCCGCCGCGAGCUCAAGUCCACCGACCCCCAUUCCAAGUCCACCGCCCUCCACAAGCUCUCCUACUUAUCCUCCCUCCACCACCACGACAUGUCCUGGGCCGCCUUCCACGUCGUCGAGGUCAUGUCCUCCUCGCGCUUCGCCCACAAGCGGAUCGGCUACAACGCCGCCUCGCUCUCCUUCCACGACGCCACCCCUGUUCUCCUGCUCAUCACCAACCAGCUCCGCAAGGAUCUCACCAGCACCAACGAGUUGGAGGUAAGUCUCGCCCUUGAAUGCCUCUCCAGAAUUGCCACUGCUGAUCUUGCUAGAGAUUUAACCCCUGAAAUAUUCACUUUGUUGUCGAGUAGUAAGGUUUUCGUUAGGAAGAAAGCCAUUGGCGUUGUUUUGAGGGUGUUUGCCAAAUACCCAGAUGCCGUGAGAGUGUGUUUUAAGCGUUUGGUUGAGAAUUUAGAUAGCUCGGACCCCCAGAUUUUGUCUGCGGUUGUUGGGGUCUUUUGCGAGCUGGCCUCGAAAGACCCCGGAUCAUAUCUUCCUCUGGCGCCUGAGUUUUAUAGGAUAUUAGUGGAUUCUAAGAACAAUUGGGUCUUGAUUAAGGUAUUGAAGAUUUUUGCCAAGUUGGCUCCAUUAGAGCCGAGGUUGGCAAAGAGGGUUGUUGAGCCAAUAUGCGAGCAUAUGAGGAGGACCGGGGCGAAAUCACUGAUGUUUGAGUGUGUUAGGACUAUUGUGAGUAGUUUGAGUGAAUAUGAAUCUGCUGUGAGGCUUGCUGUCGCGAAGAUUCGGGAAUUGUUGGUUGAUGAUGAUCCAAAUCUUAAGUAUCUUGGAUUGCAGGCGCUUUCGAUUGUUGCACCAAAGCACUAUUGGGCAGUGUUGGAGAACAAGGAGGUUGUGAUUAAGGCGUUGAGUGAUGCGGAUCCUAAUAUCAAGCUUGAGUCCUUGCGUCUUGUGAUGGCAAUGGUUGCUGAGAGUAAUGUGAUGGAAAUUUCUAGGGUUUUGGUGAAUUAUUCUCUUAAAUCUGACCCAGAUUUUUGUAAUGAGAUUCUGGGGUCCAUUUUAUCAACAUGUUCUAGAAAUGUGUAUGAGAUGAUUAUUGACUUUGAUUGGUAUGUGUCGCUUCUUGGAGAAAUGUCAAGGAUUCCACAUUGCCAAAAGGGUGAUGAAAUCGAGAAUCAGCUAAUUGAUAUUGGUAUUAGGGUCAAGGAUGUUAGACCCGAGCUUGUUCGGGUUGCUCGUGAUCUGCUGAUUGAUCCUGCAUUACUUGGUAACCCUUUCUUGCAUAGGAUAUUAUCUGCUACUGCUUGGGUGUCAGGGGAGUAUGUUGAGUUCUCAAGGAAUCCAUUUGAACUUAUGGAGGCACUUUUACAACCUCGUACGAGUCUCUUGCCACCUUCAAUAAGGGCAGUUUAUAUCCAUUCUGCUUUUAAAGUAUUAAUCUUUUGCCUGCAUUCUUACCUGCUGCAAAGGGAGAGCAUUACAUCCACUUGUCCUGAUAAUUUGGCACUGGGUGUUUCAGAAUUAGUCUUGAAAAGGGAAAUGCCAGAGGGUUCUGAUUUGGCAACAUGUGAAGGCCCUCCUGCUCAUGGCGAACAGGAUGAAGGGUUCAACCCAAGGGUUUCAAAUCAAUCAUUUGAAGAUCUUUCUGUAGAAAAUGGUGGGGAAAGAAUUAUUAGUCAUGGUCAGACAUCUACCCCUGGUACCUUGGAGAACGGUUACACAUAUGAAUCUAUUGUUAACCUAUUAAAUCUAAUUGAAUUGGCUCUGGGCCCACUCAUAGGUAGCCAUGAUGUAGAAAUACUGGAGAGAGCACGGAAUCUAUUAUGUUUCAUUGAGUUGAUUAAGGGAAAACUACCUGAAUGCUUAGUGCAGAAGGAAGAAAAUUUGGAAAGUGAAGAGAUGAAAGCUUCCAAAAUCAUCGAACUGAUGUGUGAUGCUUUUUCUGAGGAGCUUUGUCCAGUCUCAGUUAGUGCUCAGGAAAGAGUUCCUAUACCAGAAGGGUUAGUGCUUAAGGAGAAUCUUGAUGAUUUGGAGACAAUAUGUGGUGAUAUUCAACUACCUCCAUCAAUUUCAUUUUCUCUUGGAAGUCCUCAUUAUGAGGAGGGGGUUAGUGCUUCUCUCUCUGACCUUCAGAGCAAAGAAGAGUCAGAACCAUCAAACGAGUCCACGUCUCUGCUCAGGGAACACCGUAAGCGGCAUGGAUUAUACUAUCUUCCUUCAGAGAAAAAUGAAAUUGUAGCAACAGAUUAUCCACCUGCCAAUGACCCUAAGUUGCAGGAUUAUCUUAAUAAAGACGCUGAUGAUCUAGUUAAGCUUACAGAGGAAUCACUUGUCGCAAAGAAAAAGGCAAACCAUGCAAAGCCUAGGCCUGUAGUGGUGAAAUUGGAUGAAGGAGAGGUCGUAUCUAUUUCAGCCAAAAGGCCAGAGCUGAAAGAUGAUUUGCUCUCUGGUGCUGUGCGGGAAGUUCUUUUAGGAAGUGACACCAGGACAACUUCCUCGCGAAGUAACCCAUCUGAUAAGUCUUCCAGUAAAAGAAAAGGGAAGGAAAAACUAAACAUUGGUCCUUCCGAAUUGAAAGAUAAUUUGGGUGAUGCGGAAAAGCAUGAGCAUGAAAAUCCAAGUUCAAGAAGAAGCAGACACCGUACUCAUGGUAAGGAGAGAAGACAUAAGAGUCCAGGAAAGAUUAGUGAGGAAACGGAAGAAAAUGGUCAGAAAGGAAAGCAAAAGAGUAGUCAUCACCAUGCUAAGCAUAAAGCUCGACGAAGAGCUGAUACGCCCUUGGAUGUGGUUUCACAAACAACAGUAAUUCCGGAUUUUCUUUUGUAGCGUUAAGGAUCUGGAUUCAUUAUUUGUCAUCAGAUGCCACAGAGAACGUCAUUGUCCCCUGUACUCAAUCACUUUGACUGAUAAGGUCAGUUCAAUUGUAGAUUUUACACCACCUUUUUUUUUUUUUUUGGAGAGGGUUUGUGGUUGCUUUAAACUUUUGGAUUUGGUUUUCCCAUUUUACUCGAAGUGAAUCUCAUCAAAGUAAAAUUUCAAAUUUAAGGUUA